UGUGGAUGGGUGCUGGCUGCGCCGUGGAGAAAAACGUGCACGCAUCCCGUGUGGCGUGUCAGUGACAAACAAACCGACCCGACGCGGAGAGAAAGCGUUGUUUUCACGAGCGUCGCAGCUAAACAUCGAUAAGUAGCGUCUGAAGAAUUCGCUAAGGGGAAAAGCGGCAUGCACGCACCCGCGUUCAUGUGCGCGUGCAGAUAUUUGGAGACGUCGGAGGUUUUCGAGGAAUUAAAAGUGGACUAAUGGAGCCGCUGGCCAACUGAAGGGCUGGGCUGUGACUGACUGACUGACUGCAUUGUUGCAUGUUUCCUGGGAUGGAAUAAUCUGUAUCCUCAUUCAUCAAAGACAUUAUUGACCGACUCUUCCGUCUCAAUGGGGCUUGAAGGGUAAGCAUAAACCGAGAGAGAUGGACGGCAUCGGGAUCACCAUGCAGAAGAAGGCUGCAGAGCUGGAGCGGCUGGCCGAGGUGCUCGUCACUGGAGAACAGCUGAGGCUGCGGCUCCAUGAGGGGAAGCUGAUCAAGGAUCGGCGGCACCACCUGCGUACUUACCCAAACUGCUUUGUGGCCAAGGAGCUCAUUGAUUGGCUCCUCGAACAUAAGGAGGCCUCAGACCGGGACACAGCCAUCAAGAUCAUCCAGAAACUCUUAGACCAGAGCAUUGUUCACCACGUGUGUGAUGAGCACCGGGAGUUCAAAGACCUGAAGCUGUUUUACCGCUUCCGGAAAGACGACGGCACGUUCCCGUUGGACAGUGAAGCCAAAGUCUUCAUGAGGGGGCAGAGGAUCUAUGAGAAGUUGAUGAACUCUGAAAACAACUUGUUACAAACACGAGAGGAGGAGACCGGGUCAUUCGAGCGGGCGCUGGUGGCCUCCGAGUUCAUCGACUGGCUGCUUCAGGAGGGCGAGAUGGCAACCAGGGAGGAGGCGGAGCAGCUUGGACGGAGGCUUCUCGAACAUGGCAUCAUCCAGCAUGUAACCAACAAGCACCACUUUGUCAACGGGCCCCUCCUCUACCAGUUUAGGAUGAAUUUCCGGCGGCGGCGGCGGUUGAUCGAACUCCUUCACGAGCGCAGCCGCAGCAUCCCGGAGAGUCACGACAGUCCUUUCUGUCUCCGCAAACAGAACUCGGAUGGAGGCAACACCAGCUUCCUCUCAGUGAGUCCCACUAAAGAGAUUAAGGUGGUGGUCGGAGUUCGGCGGAGCAGCAUGAGCAGCAGCUGUGGCAGCAGCGGUUAUUACAGCAGCAGUCCCACGCUCAGCAGCAGCCCACCUGUCCUCUGCAACCCCAAGUCUGUUCUGAAAAGACAAGUGAGUCCUGAGGAGCUGCAGACACCAGGAGGACCUUUUCUAAAGAAGACAUUUACUAUUGUCGGUGAUGCUGUGGGCUGGGGCUUCGUGGUGCGAGGCAGCAAACCCUGUCACAUCCAGGCGGUGGACCCUGGAGGACCUGCAGCAGCUGCUGGCAUGAAGGUGUGCCACUUUGUGGUGUCGGUGAACGGACGGAACGUCCUCGCUCAGGACUACCGGACCGUCAGCAACCUGAUCCUGACCGGACCCCGGACAAUAGUCAUGGAGGUGAUGGAGGAGGCAUAAGUUUGAGCAGAGCUGUGCAGAAUCCCUCGUAGACAAGUACUGCAGUAAUAACGUGGGGACUAGAUGUUUAGUGUUUGACCUCCAAACCACAGAGGAACGUGGACGACUUGAAACGCAACUCGCACUCGCUCUGUUCCAACAAUGUUUGGACAAGGUGGAUGACUGAGAGACGGUGUGUGUUUAAGAAGGUAUACAAGUCAAGUAAAUGAUUCAACCCGUAGACAAAACACGUAGGUUGUGCUUUCUUUUUUGGGGGCGCGUGGGGGAUUUAGAGGCGCAGGGAUAAGAGUCACCCCUUCUGCAUCCAAUUGCUUCAAUGUGCUCACAAAGACUCUCAGUCAUAAUUAAGAGGCCCCAAACUUUGUGUGGAAUAGGAAGUCCCUGUUUUUGUUUGAGUUUAAAACCAGAACCGUUUCAUGAAUCUGUUGCUGACCAUGACGAGUGUUUUGAAGGACGAGAGAUGAGGUUUUUCAUUAGAACCCGGACAUGAACAAGUACGACCUGACAAUGUAACAAAAAGGAAGAAUAUUUCAUACUGACACAGUCAGUGACCUCUCCUCCACUUAGUUUCCAACUACCGAUGUAAGCUCCUGGUGGCUCAACACGGCCCUCUGCUGGGAGGCGCAGGAAGACACAGAGCAUUUAUACUACAGAUGCAGUUUGUAAAUCACAAGUCGGGUUUCAAGGUGUUUAUUUCCUGCUUGGGCAACAGUGUAUCAAAUAGAAAAAAUACAGAUUUCUACCAUUUACAAAUAAAUUGAUGCACAGGUAGAUUUACUUUUAGCUACUAGGAAUUAGUUUACGUAAUAAUAUAAGAACUGAUAAAAUGUGACAUUAACAGGCACAAUGUAUAUAGAAAAGUUAUGUAAACUGAGGUGGUCCUGCUUUAGAAAAAAUGUGUUUAUCAGAUGAAGCCUCAUAAACUACAGCAAUGAGAACAUCUUGGAGUCUUUAUGAAUAUUUUUUAAAGGAUAAAUUACACCUGAUCUCUAUUUGUUUGUUAGUUCUGUUUUUUAAGAUGACACAAACAAGAAACUUCUACAUUGACAUAAGAUGUCAUUAUUUGUAAAGACGUGUUGAAAACUCAGAGAGCAAAUCUUCUCUGUUGAGUAAAAUAUUAGGAAAUAUUUGGAAAUUUUUCUAUGACGUGUUGCAUUUAUUGUAUUUAGUACCAGUGGAAAUGCAAAAUAAAUGCUAAACUACAAUUUGAGUCAUGUGCUGCCAACCAGAUUUAAUUUGAAAAAUGUCCUUGUAGUGAAGAAUAGAUUCAGUUGAAGAUGUAUAUAUUAUAUUACAUAUUAUUUUAUGUUUGAAGAAUUAAAGGAAAGGAUUACUAUAUGAGCACUUGACCUCUUCAACAUUUAUUUUGUAUUGGGGGUGGGGGGGGAAAGCAGUUGACAAAGGUUUGCUUUUUAAAAACAUAAUUUUAAUUUUAAUAUAUAUGUAUUCAUAUAUACAUAUCUAUACUAUAUGGUAGAACAGAUUCUGGAAAUAUCUUGUCAAUAUACUGGGAUGGCAGCAACAAAACCUGCACAAAUAAUUGUUUUGUAUUUUUUGGUUGAAAUUACCCUUAUAAAGGUUAGCUGGACUAAAGGCUUCACGUAAUAUAAAAAUAUUUGUACCUCAUUCACCUCCAAACUAAAAUAAUUUACUGUACAUGUAUAAACUGUGCCACCAUGUGCUAAGACAUACUAGCGUGAGAAGAUCACAUUUAAAACUAUAUGAUAACAGAAAAGUAGAGCAUGGAUUAGUGAUGCCCACAUUUCUGAUACAGUAUGUGUCUGUAUUCUCUGUUUAACUGCUAUAUUGUACAGGCGCCGCCCCUAAGAGCUGUCGCUAUUGUGUUUAUCCUGGCCGGCAAUCGUAAAGAUUGGACAUGGCGAUCGAAAGAGCCGGAGGUCAAACCUCCAAUCUUUCGAUGAGAGGAUGGCUCGCUCUACCUUUUUUGAAGAGGUCGAGCUGUGUCCGUUGGUGUAGCUGCUGCCGGAUCAGCUACAUCCUCCUGUGGGAUCUUCAUCCCAGCGUGCCCCCCUUGGUGCUGUCCACGCCAGGCGUUUGCCCGUUCUGUGUUCACUUGCCUACAGAGACGCGUCGUCGGGCAGAGAGAGGCCUUCACAGCGCUUUGUGUUGGAGGUGGUGGGACGGCAGCUUUGCAGACCAUCAGGUGUCAGCGGAUGAGCUGGACGCUGUGACCGCUCUGCUAAUUCAGCCUCUCAAAAAUCCCCACAAAUCCUCAUUUAAAAUGUGCAUUAGUGACCUUAAAGAUGUAUACCCUAUCAACGUGAGAGCUGCAUGUUUCCACAUUCCUGUCACUCCCACGCAGCAGAAUUCCCUGCGUUUUUUUCUUCCAGGGAAAACCAUACCAGUACAACCGGCUAUCAUUUGGCUAUUCUCUGUCUCCGCACACUUUGUAGGGAAAACAGCGCUGGAGCUGUGACACAGGAAAGGGGAUCAAGGUUUUGUCCUACUUUGACAACCUAACCCAUAUGGCCACUUGCAAGAGAAAGCUACACUCCACACAGUGGAAGUUGUACAGCACCUGCAAACACUGGAGUUCUCCGCUCCCCUCCCCAGUCGUUAAUUGAUCCGGGUGUGGAUGUGAAUUCAGUCACAACGAGCGUAAAGCACGUCCCUCUCUGGAUGGGGUGGGAUGUGCCAGUCUCAAAUUGUGAUGAUAAUUUAAAAUCCUCUAUCCGCCCCACAGGAGGGAGCAAUCCCCUGAAGCACUUUGCUCUAAACAGAGACGUGAUGGUGAGGAAAGGCAACAUGACAGCUUACACCAACCACCCGGGUAGUGGGCCCUUCAGGCUGCGGUGAGCAUCAUCAAAGGCAGUUUACAACCCCCGGGGUACAGCACCGCACUGCAGGCUUAAUCUUCUCGCAAGGUUCCGUUCUGCACUCGUUCAGAUGUUGUGGGACAGGUUUGGUAAAGUGGAUCGGUUCCCCUCACGGGAGAAUAAACACUGUGGUUGUCUCCGAGCACACGAGUCCACCCUCCACUAGGAGUGAAUGGAUUCUCUCACCGCCUGCGGCCCAUGGCUCGUCCUUCAGGAAAAGUAUCCCACGCGCGUUAUGGUUCCCCUCCAUGGUGCAGCUGCUGGCAGGGACACCGUGGCAGCUCAUAUUAAGCAGGGAUGCACAGCUGGAUGGAUUGAUCGUCCACAGCUGGAUGGAUUGAUCUGCCACCCCUAAAAGUCUUAACAAACUCCUCGUGGUCGACAAUCAUUUCUCUUGAAGGCUUCACCAGUAGAAAUGUGUCACCCACUCUGCCCAGUGUGCGCUUUGUUAGCUGUUCACACAACAAUAGGCAGACGCAGCAGCUGUUCAUUCAUUACAGAGGCUGUGACGACCAUCAUACAAACCUACAGUGCUGCUGUGGUGUUGACAUGUCGGAGGCCUCCCUGCCUUUUUAUAAUGUGUGGGAUUUACAGUUUGUGAACUGGUGUAUGUUUUCUGCUUGUGGGCGUUAAUGUCACAGUGGGGCAUAGACUGCAUCAGCUUCACCUUUUACCCAAUAGCAACAGCUCUAAGAGGGCGGAGCAUAUACAAUAUGAGGUGUUGGUUUACUCAAAAGAAGUUCCAAUACAUAACUAACAUUACUUGUUUAUGUUAGACAAAACAACACUGCCUGGUUAAUUGAACGCGUACUAAGUUUAGUCCUAAAGAGAAGUUAUUACUAAAUACAAAUACAGUCAACUUUUUUCUAUUCAACAUGAACAUAUAUUCAGGAAAUCUUUAUUGCCAAACAGUAUAAUUGACACAGUGUAUGUCAGUGAAAUUCCUGCAAGUCUCUGAAGCGAGCUAUUCAGUGGACAUCUCAUGUGUUGUUCCUCAAUGUGCUUUGUUGUUGUACGCAGUGAAAUGCAUGAUUCCUGCAGCAUUCUAAUCCAAAGCGCUUCUUCAGUGUAUUGACUUGUAGGACGGAGUUAUUUGACAAAUCAUUUCAGAGGUUAAGUAGAUUUUAACGUGUUCUGCAAUGCUCCAUUUUCAGGACAAAUAUAAGAACAAAACUUCCUCAGCUGUUUCAAUAAGUAUCUUUAUAAAAUUACAAUAGAACAUUGUUCAGACAUUAGUGAGGUUUUCAGGUUGAUAAACAUUCAUGACAUUUUUGCUGAUCUCAAAACAGUUCACUUGGGUGAUGCCAUAGAACAUACUAUUUUAGCAUUGUCCAUGUAAAGGUCGUGGAUGUCGUUUGGAUUUUGCUGUGUUUUGGAGAAAAUAUAAUAGGGACUCUGGAUACGAGAGAUUUUGAUACGUUUACGUAAACGUUUAGGUAGCAAGAUUUUUUUCCACACAGCCAAUCAGCAGGUAGCGUGACACAAAUCACUUGUUCUGCAGACAUUAGUGAUUCUUCUCAAGGGUUUUCAUUAGUGGUGGCUUUUCAAAUGAGGGGGCUGAGAUUCUGAAGAAGAUUGUGGUAACAGUUGAGUUUUAACAAAAGAAAAUAUGCAGAAGUGUCAAAUGUGUCCCUUCACGUGUAUUCAAACAUCUGGAGGGAGUUUUGUGGUCAUUAGUUGGCUGAAACGGGUUCACUGACUGUUCAACAAUAAGCCUGAAAGCAUUUGCCUUAAGACCUCAUUUUGCUGCUAAUCACACUUGGUGGUCAUCUUUUCUCUUGUUCUGUUCCCAGAUCUGUUUAUCUCUGACCAUUUAUAUUAAAAGUGCUCAUGUAGCAGGUGAUCGUGCCGCAGUUCUGUUGACAAUCAGUAUUUUAUGGACACUACCUUCAAAUAGCACAACAGCGGUUUCUAAAGCAAUGGUCUGACAGAAUGUAUUUCCUUCUACAUUUCCUUCCAGCUUUGAUGGUUGGUUCACUUGCUUAAUUAAAGGGAUUGUUUUUGCUUUAUGUUCACCUCAUGAGGCCAUCUUCAGUGUUGCUUUUCUCCGCUAUCAGAGAUUUAAUGUUGGGUUUGAUGACAAUAUAAGCUCACACAGCACCACAGUCUGUUUUCAAUGAAGCAUCUUAAAGCUAAUUCUGAUGUUCUGAUGUAUUAAACAGUUGAUUAAGUGUUUAAUAAACAAACUGAUUCUA